AUGAAGAAAUUCAAGAAAGCUGUUCGUCGCAUCAAAGCGCGUGCUUCGGCCACACGCGAGAAAAUGCGAGGAAAGGGUUUGACCAUGCGCAUGCAUAACAAAGCGACGGCUUCACAGGUCCCGGCUGCAGAAUCCCCGGCUUCCGAUGUUCUGGUUGAGCACCACACAAUGAAGAAAUUCAAAAAAGCUGUUCGUCGCAUCAAAGCGCGUGCUUCGGCCACACGCAAGAAAAUGCGAGGAAAGGGUUUGACCACGCGCAAGCGUAACAAAGCGACGGCUUCAAAGGUCCCGGCUGCAGAGGUCCCGGCUUCCGAGGUCUUGGCUGAAGAGGUCCCGGGUCUAGCAGCUUCGGCUGUCCCGCAUGAGUCUGAUCAAGUCGUGGAUGUAGUCCCAAAAUCCAAGGUGUCGCACGCAUAUUCCGAUACGCCAAUUUUCUACGUCACCCGUGUUGCUGAUGACAACUUCAAGAACCGAAUGUGGUUGCAGUUUGGUAAAAAGUGGGAAUCGUUCGAGAACAGGUUCCUCGCCGACAUGGAAAAAUAUCCCCCGGACGGGCUCGUGGACAGACGCAGCCCAUGCCCAUUCGAUUGGCUGUCGCUGAAGGUUCGCGCGAAGAUCUGGAAGUACGCUUUCGACGACGGUAUGGAGGCCAUCUUUCUCACGAAGAAUGGGAUGGCCCCCAAGAUUCCGACUUCCAUGCGAUUUGUGUCGUUCGACUGGAUGUCAGAGGCGUGGUUUGCAUAUAUCAAUGCCCUGAGAAACAGAACUCUGGUGGUGAUGGAUUUCCCCAGACACGGCUACCUCAUCCAACCUUGCCCAAUCUUCCGAGAACUGGCGACAACCCGUGUUCGAGCAAUCAAAUUCGCGCUGGGUGACCCGGACCCCGUGAAGGCCAAAGAGCGCACUGGCCAUUUUAUCAGGUUCAUGUUGAAGCACAGAAAUAGUGGAUUUGUCACCGUUCGCACGCUGAUCAUUGAACUGAGAAAGAACUGGGAAAACGAUGACUUCACCGAGAGGGAUCUCGCCGACAUAUUGACAUGCGGCGCAUUCGCUGAAAUCGAACGAAUUCGAAUCCACGGAAGGAUCACAAAUGAGAAGCUGGACCGGUUUCUGGAGCGAGCGAACCAGAUGUCGCACGCCUCGUUCUGA